GAUGGAGGCAAGGCAGCCUUGUCCCAGAAGAUGAGGACUGGUGAUGAGCUGGUGAAUAUCAAUGGCACUCCAUUGUAUGGCUCCCGCCAAGAAGCUCUCAUCCUCAUCAAAGGCUCCUUCCGGAUCCUCAAGCUGAUUGUCAGGAGGAGAAACGCCCCUGUCAGUAGGCCGCACUCAUGGCAUGUGGCCAAGCUGCUGGAGGGAUGCCCUGAAGCGGCCACCACCAUGCAUUUCCCUUCUGAAGCCUUCAGCUUGUCCUGGCAUUCUGGUUGCAGUACAAGUGACGUGUGUGUGCAGUGGUGUCCCCUCUCCCGGCACUGUAGCACCGAGAAAAGCAGCUCUAUUGGCAGCAUGGAGAGCCUGGAGCAACCAGGCCAAGCCACCUAUGAGGGCCACCUCUUGCCCAUUGACCAGAACAUGUACCCCAAUCAACGGGACUCAGCCUAUAGCUCCUUCUCGGCCAGCUCAAAUGCAUCUGACUGUGCUCUUUCCCUCAGGCCAGAGGAGCCAACCUCCACAGACUGCAUCACACAAGGCCCAGGGCCAAGUAAAGUCCCUAAUGUCCGGCCUAAUGUGGCUGAAACCUCAGGAGGUAGCCAGCGCACCAACGGGGGCCAUUUGACGUCAUCUCGCUCACAGGAAGGCCACCACCCAGGGUCUGCCAAGGGGGUCAGGGGCCCACCACAACCUCCAGUGAGGCGGGACAGUCUUCAGGCCUCCAGAGCCCAACUCCUCAAUGGAGAGCAGAGCAGGGCUUCUGAGCCUGUGGACUCCUUGCAACAGAAGGAGAAAGUGAAUUUAGAGACAAUGAUGAUUCCCAGGAACCCUAACAGGUUCUGCUGCCUCAGUGGACAAGAGCAAAUGACAAAGGAGGGCCAUCAGAACUGUGAACUCAGCCAGUCUCCCGAAGCCAGCCAGCAGGGCUCUGAACAUCUACUGACAGAGGCUGCAGCCAAUGUUCUUGGUUCCCCUAAAGCCUGUGAGAAAGCUUCCACCAGAGUUUCUAGCCCACUCAGUGAGGCUUCAGCAGAGCUACCUAAGACUUCCUCCUUUGGCCGCUUUCCACACCUCACAGGACCUACAGGGCAUCGCCACAGUGCCCCUGAACAGCUGCUGGCAUCCCACCUGCAGCAUGUGCACCUCGAUUCCAGGGACAGCAAAGGGACAGAGCUUCCCACUGGGCAGGAUGGACACCAGUGGACUUUGUCCCCUUUGCACAACAGCCGCAAAGGGAAGAAAAUUCCAUGUUCCCCUCCAGGAGGAACCCAGGACCAGCCCAGCAAAGAAAGAAAGACCAAGCCAAUGGAAGAUAGGCCUUUGGGUUCAGGACACCAGAGCCAAAGCAGUUCUACACAUGGAGAGACUGAUGGACACCCUCCAGAACAAGGUUUCCUAGACCCAAGCAGAGCAAGCAAAGCAGGCAGUGAAUUGGCCAGCCAGCAGCCCUCUGCCUCUGGCUCUCUCGUUCAAACCAGAGAUUGUUCUUCAAGUGCUAAAGUAGCUAGCAGCAAAGAGACAACUGAAGAAGGGGAUAGUGAGCCCAAAGAAUGUGGCCGGGUGGGCGGUAGGCGAAGUGGAGGUUCCCGGGGUCGUUCAAUCCAAAAUCGGCGGAAAAGUGAGCGCUUCGCUACCAAUCUGCGCAAUGAAAUUCAGAGGAGGAAGGCCCAGCUCCAGAAGAGCAAAGGCCCCUUGUCACAGCUGUGUGACACUAAGGAGCAAGUGGAAGAGACCCAGGAGCCUCCCGAAAGUCCUCCACUCCCUGCCUCUAACUCAGCUCUUCUAUCUUCAUAUAAAAAACCCCCUAGCCCCAGAGAUAAGCUCUUCAACAAAAGCAUGAUACUCAGGGCUCGGUCUUCAGAGUGCCUCAGCCAAGCUCCUGAGAGCCACGAAUCUAGGCUAGGCCCAGAGGGACAAAAAAGCCCUGGCCAGAGGUCUGGCCAGUCCUCUUUGGGCCUAAACUCCUGGUGGAAAGCCUCUGACACAUCCUCAGACUCUGAGAAAGCAAAUGCUCAUCAUGGAGUCCGUGGAGGUCAUUGGAGAUGGUCUCCAGAGCAUAACCUGCAGCCACAUGUGGCACUAGCCAUGGAAGGCCCUUCCAGCCCAGGUGACAACAAGGAAUUGAAGACUUCUCCUGUCCAAGCUGGGGAGGAAGCCAUCCUUUUGCCCUUUGCAGACAGAAGAAGGUUCUUUGAAGAGAGCAGCAAAUCCUUAUCCACAUCUCAUUUGCCAGGUUUAACCACUCAGAGCAACAAGUCUUUUAGCCAGAGACCAAAACCUAUAGACCCCAACUUUCAGUCAAUGAGCUCCAGCUAUCGGGAAUUGAGGCGCCAUCCCAUGGACCAGUCAUAUCACUCCACAGACCAACCGUAUCAUGCCACAGACCAACCAUUUCAUUCCAUAUCACCCCUUCAGUCAGAAACUCCUACUUACUCAGAAUGCUUUUCAAGCAAAGGUCUAGAAAAUUCCAUGUGUUGUAAGCCACUGCACUGUGGUGAUUUUGAUUACCACAGGACCUGCUCUUACUCCUGCAGUGUUCAGGGAGCUGUGGUCCAUGACCCUUGCAUUUAUUGUUCUGGGGAAAUCUGUCCUGCCUUGCUAAAGAGAAAUAUGAUGUCCAACUGCUACAACUGCAGGUGCCACCACCACCAGUGUAUCCGGUGUUCAGCUUGCUAUCAUAAUCCUCAGCACAGUACUCUUGAGGACAGCAGCUUGGCACCUGGCAACGCUUGGAAUUCCAGGAAGCCACCAGUGCAGGAAUUUCCUGGGGACAAAUGGAAAUCAAUAACAGGAAACAGAAAGACCAGCCAGUCAGGGAGGGAAAUGGCUCAUUCCAAGACUAGCUUCCCAUGGGCAACCCCCUUCCAUCCUUGCCUCGAGAACCCAUCACUGGAUUUAUCAAGUCAUCGAGCAGUUUCUUCUCUUGAUCUCCUCGGAGACUUCAAACAGGCCUUGAAAAAAACGGAGGAAACUUCCCUUUAUGAGGAGGGGAGCUCCCUUGCCGCCAUGCCCCGCCCACUGCGCAGCCGGGCCUUCUCAGAGAGUCACAUCAGCUUGGAGCCCCAGAGUACCCGGGCCUGGGGACAGCCUCGCAGGGAGCUCUUUAGCAAAGGGGAUGAGACUCAGCCAGAUCCUCUGGGAGCCAGGAAGAAGGCCUUUCCUCCUCCUCGCCCUCCUCCUCCAAACUGGGAGAAGUACAGGCUCUUCCGGGCAGCCCAGCAGCAGAAGCAGCAGCUGCAGCAGCAACAACAACAACAGCAGCAGCAGCAGCAGGAGGAGGAGGAAGAGGAGGAGGAAGAGGAAGAAGAAGAGGAAGAGGGAGAAGAAGAGGAGGAAGAGUUGCCACCCCAGUAUUUCAGCUCAGAAACCACUGGUUCCUGUGCUCCCAAUCCUGAGGAGGUCCUAGAACAACCACAACCCCUUGGUCACCGGGAGGCUUCAAGGCAGGGUUCACAAAGCCUCCCAGAUCAAGAGUCCUUUGCUCUCCAUUCCAGUAAUUUCCUGCCUCCAAUAAGAGGCCACCCGGGUUCUCAACCUGAGCAGGCUCAGCCCCCUUGCUAUUAUGGUGUUGGUGGACUUUGGAGGACAUCAGAGCAGGAGGCCACUGAUUCCCCCAAACAAGAGUUUCAGCACUUCUCACCUCCUCCAGGCGCCUCAGGAAUCCCUACCUCUUACUCAGCUUAUUAUAAUAUUUCUGUGGCCAAAGCAGAGCUGCUGAACAAGUUGAAAGACCAGCCAGAGAUGGCAGAAAUUGGCCUGGGAGAGGAGGAAGUGGAUCAUGAACUGGCUCAAAAAAAGAUACAGCUUAUUGAAAGCAUUGGUCGAAAACUUUCUGUCCUGCGAGAGGCUCAGCGAGGGCUGCUGGAGGAUGUGAAUGCCAAUUCUGCCCUUGGGGAGGAAGUGGAGGCUAACUUAAAAGCCGUCUGCAAAUCCAAUGAGUUUGAAAAAUACCGCUUGUUUAUUGGGGACCUGGACAAAGUGGUCAACCUGUUGCUGUCACUUUCUGGACGAUUGGCCCGGGUGGAGAAUGCUCUCAACAGCAUUGAUUCAGAGGCCAAUCAAGAGAAGUUGGUGCUGAUAGAGAAGAAGCAGCAGCUGACGGGCCAGUUAGCAGAUGCCAAGGAGCUGAAGGAGCACGUGGACCGCCGGGAGAAGUUGGUGUUUGGAAUGGUCUCCCGCUACCUGCCUCAGGAUCAGCUCCAAGAUUACCAGCACUUUGUCAAGAUGAAAUCUGCUCUUAUCAUUGAACAGCGAGAGCUGGAAGAGAAGAUCAAGCUUGGGGAAGAGCAGCUGAAAUGUCUCAGGGAGAGCCUACUCCUGGGGCCCAGCAAUUUCUAA